AUGGCCGUCACGACUGAGGUGCUCUGGGAGAACGCCGUCACGCACCUCCGUGACCUCUCCAAUGCCACCCUACGCCAGAAGAAAGAGCUAGAGGAUCGCGUGGCAGAGCUCGAAGCCGAGCUCUCCGCCGUGAAGAGCGCGUACGCGGCCGCCACUGGACUUGCCGCCCGUGACAAAAAGGCGCAUAACGCGCAACUCUCCUCUCUCAACAAGCAGAUCAUCUCUGGCUUGAACUGCACGCAGGUUGUGUCUCGUCUCCAACUCUCGGAAAGGCUGUCCCGUGCUCAGCCCCAACACGUCCAUCAGAUACAGGAUCCCCUCGUUCUCUGUGUCAUCGACGGUGACAGGCUUCUCUUCCAUCCAUCUCACAUCGAACAAGGCUACCAAGGCGGCCGUCAAGUUGCACAGGACUUCACAAAGCUCAUCGCGCAAGAGCUCGUCUCACAGGGCUUGACCAACUUCGCCCGACUCUCGUUUUGGGUCACCAUCUACACCAACAAACGGGCUGUCCUCACUUUCCUGCGCGAGAAUGGCGUUGCCUCUCCCGACCACUUCGAGGCGUUCCUCACGGGCUUUAGUCAGGCGUCCCCGCGUUUUGCCGUUGUCGACUCCGGUCCCGGCAGAGACAGCACCGAAGUCAAAGUGAAAGAGCACAUUAACACGUACAUCCGGUUCCCGCAAACACUCCGUGUCUUCUGCGGUGGCAUUGACGAGUCGUACUUCUCGAUGGUCGACACUCUCGAGCGCGACGAUCUCACCGGGAAGCUCGUGCUCGUGCAGCCACCUCUCGUCGCGCGUCAUCUGGCGGUCAGGCCGAUACACCUCGAAGGCCUGUUCAGGGAAGAGAAGAUGAACGCCAUUCCCAUCCGGCGUCCUGGCCCUCUCAUCGGUCUCUCAGAAGCUGGCAUCAAUGUGAACAUGGGUGUUGUCACCAACGGCGGACUCAUCAGCCCUCGGUCGGAAAGCCAGAAGUCUAUGCCCUCCCCUCCACCCUCACAUGGAUCGCCGGACGGUCUCAAGCAGAUUGAUCCGAGCAAGCCUCUGCACAAGCAGAACCCACCUCCAUGCAACGAGCAUUAUCUCAUGAACUGCUCUAAAGGGGCGAACUGCAAAUACUCGCACGAGUGGCUUCUGAGUCGGGACCAACUCGACGUCUUGGCCCGCAACGCGAAGAAGGCCCCUUGCAACUAUCUCAAAAACGGCAUCAACUGUCCUUUCGGUGACAAGUGCUGCUGGGGUCACGUGUGUCCAAGCGGUGCGAGGUGCUUCCAUCUCAGCAAGGGCAAGUGCUGGUUCAAAGGAGAUGGCAUGCAUCCUGCCGCAACACCUUCCCCUGGAGUCGAGUCCGUUUAA